ACUUAUGGAACUCUACCGUCUGUGAAAGUCAGUACACUGUUUAUUACUAGGAGGUUUUGUGGACGGGAAGUUUUGUAAAAGCAAAACUGGUCUUUGAUGGCACUUCAAACAGCGUAACAAAUACAGUUUAAGACGUGUUUUUAAACAGUUUUCGCUUGUUUGUUAUGGUAUUUUUAACUACUACGGCAACACGUUACGGUUUUUGUCCCAUAUGGCAGCUCAUACCUCGGGUCUUCUGCUGGGUCGCUUACAUCAGAGGCGCGCUCGUGCGCUCGCGACACUCCCAAAACAGACGGGCGCGAGCUUGAGGCUUGCAGAGUUGACACAUCGCAGGUGUUUGUGCAGUUCAGCUGCAGGUGGGGUGUCCAUGGCAGAACAACCUUUAGUCAGUGCAAGUAGCAGCAUCCCGCUGGAUUACAGACAAGAGGCAGAUGUUACCUGUUCCAGACGGGACUCCCACGGGCGCUUUGUGAACCCUUGGUCAACAUGGCAUUUUCCCUCGUACACUACUGUUGCUCGCCUGUUCCUCACAGAGAAGAACAACAGUAAUGUUCCCAGUGCCAAAGAGGCUCUGGACCGUGAGUUGCCAAUUGUGCAGCCAUACUUCAUCCAGAAUCCAGAUCAAUGUGGUCAAACAGGCACAUCAGUGCGAGCAACGUGGCUUGGUCACGCUACUGUACUGGUGGAGAUGGAAGGACUGCUGAUUCUCACUGAUCCCAUAUUCAGCCAAAGAGCUUCACCAGUGGCGUUUAUGGGCCCUAAGCGUUACCGUGACCCGCCAUGCACCAUGGAACAGCUUCCUCGCCUGGACGCAGUGGUGAUCAGUCACACACACUAUGAUCACCUGGAUGCAGACUCUGUGAGUGCUCUGAAUGCACGCUUUGGGUCUGCUCUGCACUGGUUUGUGCCGCUCGGGCUUGCAGAAUGGAUGCAGAAGGCAGGCUGUGAGAAUGUCACAGAGCUGGACUGGUGGGUUGGAAGCCGUAUUCCUGGGCACGAUAAUGUGAGCUUUUUUUGCACGCCAGCACAGCACUGGUGCAAACGCACACCUGUGGAUGACAACAAAAUAUUAUGGGGAAGCUGGAGCAUCAUAGGGCCCCAUUCACACUUCUUUUUUGCUGGAGAUACAGGAUACUGUGCAUCAUUUAAGGAAAUAGGAAAACACUUUGGACCAUUUGACUUGGCUGCAAUCCCAAUUGGAGCAUAUGUGCCCAGAGGCAUCAUGAAGUCUCAGCAUGUUGACCCUGAAGAGGCUGUUCAAAUUCACAUCGACGUUCAAGCAAAAGCAUCGCUGGCCAUUCACUGGGGGACGUUUCCUUUAUCCUAUGAGCAUUAUCUUGAACCUCCAGCACGUUUGCGUGAUGCAAUGGUGAAUCACGGACUUAAUCCAGAAGACUUCUUCACACUUCAUCAUGGAGAGUCACGCAUGAUCAACCUCAAGGACAAGCACUCAUCCAGCUAAACAAAAAAAACUUCAUGAAGUAUGCUGACACACACAUAUUAUAUGAUAAUGCUUUACAUAGCCUGUAUAUCUAGAAAUUGUCUUGAAGAUUGUGCUCAUCCAGAAGCUGGACUCUGGAUUUAAUGCCAAAUGAAUGUUUAAAAAGAAAUCAGAUUUAUAUUUUGUUUAAUAUAAUUUGUACAUUUAAACUUCAAAUAUGGUGUGACCAUAAAAAAGCAACAUUAAAUUAACUUGAUCUGC